AUGAAAUAUAAAUUGUGCACAUUGGAGUAUAACAAUGAGUUUAAAUCAUUCAGCUUGGGUCUCAGGAACAAUGACAUAACAAUCGGCUCUGGAUCAUCGGAUUAUAUAGAAGUAACUGGGAUAGGCAUUGUUCCAAUGCAUGCACGUUUAGUUUAUACUUAUACCGGAGUUUAUCUUAUAGUUCUAGGAAAUUCUGGUUGUUCAUUAGAAAGCGAUAGGUUCCUUGGACCGGGUACAGCCACUCUUCUUACUAAUCCCACUAACUUUUCAUUAGGAGAUGUCUUAUUCACAUAUCACGAAGAACGAGCUUCGUCUCGUCAUAAUGCUCAAGCCUCUGGCGGUGCCAUCCAAGUUGUAGGACAAAAUCCUCCAAUGCCUCCUGUUGUAUUAGGAACACAGGAUAAUCCGAUUACUCUGGGCAUUGAUUUACCAACUCCUCGAACUGUGCGAGCUCGCUCCGUUGAAACUACAACUACUACGCCCGUUUUGGCCCCUGCUCCUUUAGCUUCUAAUCCUUUUCUCUUCCCAACUACUCCUUCAACGUCAUCACAGAACGACUCCUGGUUUAAUAAAGAUAUAAUUAGUUGCGCAAUCUGCUUGGAUAUCAUGCAGAAUGCCACCAGUUGUGUUCCGUGCAUGCACAAGUUUUGCCAUUUGUGCAUUCUGCGCUGGAUAGAUACGAAUAAAACAUGUCCACGGUGUCGGACAGACAUGACUGAGCUAGUUAUCGAUCCGGAUUUUUCUGCGAUUUGUAGCGACUACGUCAUUGCGAAAGGAGUUAUUUUUGCUUCUCCAGCCGGACCUGUACCGAUUGGAAACGCUUUAGUACGUGUAACGACGCGAGCACGACGUUCGACGAUGUUACUUCCAACUUUAUCCAGAUCUACAAGACCAAGAGCGCGCAGAAGACUAGGCUUUCAGUAA